AUGCAUCUUCGUUGCUGUUUUCGUUCAAUGGCACGAAGGUUUCAUACUAGUCGGAGGAUAACGCUACAAUGGAAGAACAAGAUGUUUCAAAGUACCCCACGUCUACAAAAGGGUCAACAGAGGUAUUCAGAGACGCUUUGGAAAUAUUUCAAUGCACCAGGUAAUGCGUUUUUUGUUACGACUAAUGUAGUUACGUUAACAGGGAUGGUGAUAUAUUCUACCGUAUCAACGAUGUCAAGACAAGCAACUAUAAUAGAUUCGUUGGAAAACGGAUUUGGGGUGGAGAAUAGCCUUGAUGCAGUUUACGAUGAUAAGCAAAAUUUUGCGGUACCGAAGAGACCCCGCUCUGAGGUCUCCUGGAGAGAGAGCAGUCAACUAAAGAAGCAAGCUAUGGAACAACGAAGGUCAGAAGUGAUAGGAGAAAGUAAUAAUGCUGCCGCCGACAUUGAGACUAUUUCAGAUCCAUUUUUGGAUUCUAAUCCCGAGGGGAAAGGUCUACAAUCAGCCAACUCAUACAUGGUAAAGAUGGGUAUAUUUUAUUUAUUUUACUCGUUCCAUAUCUAUAAGAAAUCGUUGGAAACGGGAGUUGAGGUUAAUGACAAGAUGUUGCAAAAGCUUUUAGACAACGUACCGCAGAACGAACACGAUCUCCAUGAUAUACAGAAUGCGGCGUUUUAUAAGAGUUGGCGUCACGAGUUUGGAGCAUUAUUGAAGAAUUUGAGUAAGGCACAACAUUUUAGUGUGCCGAAGCCUGAAAGUUUCCCGGAAGAAUUGCAAGACGUCUUCAAGAGGUUAAGCGAUAGCAAGAUGGCAUUCCAAUCUGACUUCUAUGAAUUUUACCAGUCGAUCAAUGACAUUUCACAAAGACGGUUAUUACAGCUAUGGUAUUAUGACAACAGCCGUAACCUUUUGAAACAGAAUAACUUCAGUAACGAAAGGAUAUACGAGCAGAUGGUCUUUGAAAGUUCCCAAUGGAACAACGAUCUUUUCGAGAAAUAUAUUUCGGUACUCUAUCAACCCAGUAGUCGGCGUUUCCAAAGCAUGUUCAACAAUUAUUUCAAAGGAAUGACGUCAGUAUCUUUAGAUACAGUUUUAGGAGUCUUGAAAGGACUGAUAGCGUCUAACGUCCAACGUAAGAACGACCACAUAGUAAAAGUUGUUUCACUACUUCGAAAAAAUAGCGUUCUGGCUGGAAAGAAAAAACUUCGAGUCAUUAUUCCUACAGAGGAUAAGAUACCAUUGUUAGAACAAAUGAUGACAGCAGAUGUCCGGAAAAAUACGUAUUCAGUGAUGGCCAAGAACCCUGUUGCAUUGAAACUUCUUUCAACUCUCGGAGGAGUAAAAUCGAACUAA